GACCUGCCAACCAGUUUCACCCCCAAUCUGCAGAAGCGACUUUGUGCGUCAUCUGGCAGACGUCGCCUCGUCGUGUAGACUCGCACCCCUCAAAGCAUCCUCUGUUCUCCGAGCAAGCCUGCGCACUUUCGGUAGCUUUCACCUUGUCCUCGAGUCCAUAUGCGCAGCUCCGACUCGUUCCUUCCUCGCAACAGGCAAGACACGCACGAGACUGCUCGCGAUCUUUGUGGCCACAAGACAUCUAAGCGCGGCGUGUAACGAUCUAUUACAGGGGGAAUGAUCGACUUUUAUAACGAUCGGGGCUCCUCCCUCUUAACUCCCACUCCCCUUCCCCCUCACCCCCCACGUCACCGUUACCCUCGCUGUCCGCGCUCCUCCACGAUAUAUAAUUGACGGCCCAUCUUGUCCAUUUCCGCGACUCCACCUGCUCGAAUGCCCCCGUGAAGAUCUCCGUGACUCAGCUGCUUUGUCCUUACUUCCACAUCAUCAUGUUUGAUUUCCUGCAUGUAUUCGAGAGACGGACCAAGGGAGAGUCCCGCAAGGCAAAGCGCUUGACUAUAGCUGCCCUCGAACGACCGACCUAUAAUGAUUCACACCCUAUAGCAGUGGGCACCAUUGUGUAUCAGGAAGACGACGCCUCUUCCAGCUCAACAGGAUACAGUCCAGUUGAGCAGAAGCGCACCAUGUUGGUCUUCCACCGGCCCAAGCUUUCUCGCAAAUCCAUGGACCCCUCCCCAAGCUCCUCCCACACACGGCCAACCCUCCCUCGCAUCCAUUCCGAGCCCUCCGUACCCCUGUUCGCCGGCCGCCACCGAGCCGUGCACAAUCCGCGCGGCGCCCCAGCCAACGACCUCGGCGACUUCAGCAUCUUCCGCCAGACAGGCGUCGCCGAAGGCGACCUCGAGGAGCCCUUCUACGGCACGGGCACCGAGGCGCUGCGCAACGUGCGCGACGUCGCCGCGCGCCGCGUACCGCUGUACCACAACUCGAGCACGGAGUGGGUGGCGGAGACAGUGGAGAUCGUGGAUCCGAGCGACUACGGCUUGAUGGAGACUGCGUCGUGUAAUGGCGUGCAGAGGCCGCCGUAUUUCCCGCCGCGGUAUGCGAUGGGGGAGGACUUGUCCCCGAUGACCACAUGCUCGGAGUCGGCUGAAGAAUCAGACGACCACGAUAGUUCCGACCGUGACUCUCUUACAAGUUCAUAACGGGCGGAUCCUCUCCUUUCAUGACCCCCUCGUUGACUGAUCAGGUUUCUUUGCUUCCCCUGGGGCUGGGCAUCGAUUGCUCAGAGUGUGUUGUUUGUUCGCCUAUGUAUUCCUCCUCCUGCUUAUGUAUCCUUACCUUCUACGAAGGACUUUGAAGUACUUCACCAGGACAGUGCUGCUAAUUAAGCGUUCCUACUCUGACUUAUUCUCCGCUGUGUAGCAUGUCCAACGAACUGUUUUUCUAGGGUUUAUCAGACCGUCUCCGAAGCUGUAUAAUUUGAAUCCUAUUGUACAACUGAAAAAUCAUCUGAACUACAACGAAUACUU